AGCUCAACAAUAUUUAAUUAAUUAUUUAAAAUAAAAACAGCUUUGAAUUUUCUCAUCUAUCUCUCUCCUACGUUUUUUUCUUCAUCAUCGAAGAUCUUCAAUCUCUUCGAUCUUUUCAGAGAGGGAAAGAAGAGAGAGAGACAAGAGCGAGCAUGGAUCAGAUACUAAACAAGGUGGGUUCAUAUUGGUUCAGCCAGAAGGCUAACAGGGAGAUCAAUUCUGUCGGUGAUGAUAUCAACUCCUUGUCAACCAGCAUUGAAGGAGGAACCAAAUGGUUGGUUAAUAAAAUCAAAGGAAAAAUGCAGAAGGCAUUGCCUGAACUGCUGAAGGAGUAUGACCUGCCCGUGGGAAUCUUUCCUCGUGAUGCUACCAACUACGAGUUCAACGAGGAGACUGGAAAGCUUAUUGUCUACAUACCUGCAGUAUGCGAAGUUGGCUACAAGGAUUCAUCUGUAUUGCGUUUUUCAACUACAGUAACCGGAUUUCUAGAGAAAGGAAAGCUAGCCGACGUAGAAGGAAUGAAGACUAAGGUGAUGAUAUGGGUAAAAGUUACAUCAAUCUCGUCUGAUCGAUCAAAGGUCUAUUUCACAGCUGGGAUGAAGAAAGGCAGGAGCAGAGAGGCUUAUGAGGUCCUUCGAGAUGGUGUUUGUGUGGAUAAGUUCUAAAAUGAUGCUUGUCAUGCAGGAUCAGGACGUUUAUGAGCUGUAAGUUAGUUAUCAAAUAUUUGGACCCUUUGGCUUUUUCUGCAUGAUUCGUUUAUGUAAGUACAAAAACUUGGUCGAAUCAUAUUCUAAAAUGUUGGUUGUGCAUGUCUAAUGAUCAAGAACUCUUAAAUUAA